AAUGCUUUAACAUGAGGGUGUCCUACUCUAGCAUGCCACAAUGCAUUUUUAUUCAACAAAGAAGCAGAAGUAAACGAGCAACUAUAUGAUAGGCUUGACAGAGUUUACGUGAGGAAGACGGGAGAGAAGGAAGCCGUUCGAGUCUGACGUGGCGGAAGAUAAUUCAAAUAAAGAAGGAGAUACUUGUUUUGAAUUAGAUUCUUUCUAAUGCUUUGUAUUCGAAUUGUAUAAAGCCAACUUGUUGGCUAAGAAAGGAGGUAGCUUGUAGAUUUGAGUUGAGUCUAACGACUUGAGGAGUGUAUAGUCUGGGUGAGGCCAGCGGUUACUCAGAUUCAAAUCUAUAAGCGACUCCGUGUUCAUUUGUAAUCGGAUUGAAGAUAUACAUACGGGAUUGAGUUUAGAUUGAUUCGUAUAGCUAAACUCUAUCAAUUGGCGCGGUGAGCUCGGCGAUUCUCGCGAUGACGAUACUCGAAGAAGCAGACGAUCGGAUCGAUACCGUCGAUCGUACGGUGGCGGAGUUACAAGACAAGGUGGAGGUGAUUCACGGUGGUUGGAGGCGGUUAACGGAUUCGAAUGAAGAGAUGUCUCAGCGAAUCGGUUCAGUCGAGAAGGAGCUGUCGUCGAUGAUUCGAAUCUUGAACAGAUUAGAAUCGCACGUAGUCGGUGACAAAGGAAAGUCCGUGGCAUCAUCGGGCCCCUCUAACGGUCAGGUACAAUUCGAUUCUCCGAGAAACGACCGAGAUACAGAAGAGCUAGGUUAUCGGAGAAUACAACAUUCGUUUGCUAGUAGAGAAAGUCUGUUGAAGAAGAUUGAUUUGCCUGUGUUUGAUGGUUCAAUGCCUUAUGGUUGGAUCUCGAGAGUUGAGAGAUAUUUCAGGGCGGCUCGUUAUGACGAACAUCAGAAAUUGGAAUUGGUAGCUUUGAGUCUUACUGGAGUUGUAGGGAAUUGGUAUACAUGGGAGAAUGAGGAAGAACCUUUCAGUAGUUGGCUACAGUUCAAGCAAAGGAUGUUGGAUCGUUUUGCAGAAUCGAAAGAUGAUGAACCGAGGAACAGAUUAUCUGCGUUGAGGCAAACAGACUCAGUUCAGGCUUACGUCAAGGAGUUCGAAGAGCUGAUAAAUGUGGUCAAGGGGAUAGACGAAGCCAAUUUGAUCAGUCGGUUCUACACGGGGUUGAAACCAGAGAUGAAGGAAGUGAUCAAGAUGAAAGAGCCAAAAGGAUUAAGGAAUCACAUUGCUGCAGUAGUAAAGAUGGAAUCAAGCAUGUUUUGUCAGAUGUUAGCUGAUAAAUCUAAGACGGAGAACCGUUACUCGCGUACUAACAGCUCAGCUCCGAAGUCAAAUCAGACGGGAGGUUAUCACCAAGUGGAUAAAACAAAACUUCUGGACGCAGGAAAGUCAGGUACCUCUGCGGGAGACAGACCUCGGGUGCACCUUACUCCUCAGGAACUAGCUGAGUGCAAGCGUUUGAAACUUUGUUUUAAAUGCAAAGCGAAGUGGUUCAAAGGUCAUCUAUGUGGAAGUCCAGAGCUUCAGGUUUUCACGGUGAUAGAUGGAUUUGAAGUAGAAAUUUUGGGAGAACAAGAAGAGGGAAUGAGUGAGACAAAUAACGCGACAGAAUCACAGAUGAUGCAACUGUCUCUGUACUCAUUCUUAGGUAUGAAUUGACCUACAACAAUGAAAGUCAGGGGGCGUAUAGGCAGUACAUCAAUGGUGAUUGUGAUUGAUAGUGGAGCUACUCAUAACUUCAUUUCUCCAAAUCUUGUGAAGAAAGCUCAUCUUCAAACGACAACGAACCCACAUCUACAAGUUCUGUUGGGUACGGGCAUUAUGGUUCAUGGCUUAGGCAUUUGCAACAACGUACACUUACAUAUGCAAGGCUUGGAUUUUAUCUUGGAUUGCAUUAUACACUUUUGUGUAUUAGAGCAUGAUUCAACCAAUCAGGGAUAAUCAGAUGAAAAGAUUAAAGAGAUUAAGAGAUUUUUAGAGAGAGAAUAAAGAGAGAGAGACUCAAAACUCCAUUAAUUAAUAACUGAUGAGGUUUACAAGUAUUAAUAGAGAG